GCAUGCGCAGCGGGAGGCGGGUAUUGGCUGAGGCGAGGCCUAGGUUGCGCUCGUCUCCCGGAGGCAGUGCGGCACCAGGUAGUUAUGGGUGAUGAGUCAGUACCAUUUUUUAUGGAUCAAGGAACCACUAAAACAUUUCAAAUACCCAUUGGUCACUUGGACUACAAGUUCAUUGAAAAAUGCACAGACGUUAAACACCUGGAAAAGAUUCUCAGGAUAUUAAGGUCUGGUGAGGAGGGAUGUUAUCCUGAACUGACAUUGUUUUGUGAAAAGCGUAUUGAGCGCUUAGAUCCAAGGAGCAGGGCUCUGAGAAAAGAAAAGCCUGCAGCCACAGCUUCUGAUUUCACAGCUGAAGAAUGGGAGAUAAUUAAUGGUGAACUGAUGAGCUGGGUGACAGAAAUGAAUGAAGAUUAUAAGAAACCGCAAUUCCUGAGAACAGAUCCACUACAUGAAAGACAAGAUAAUUUGCCUCCUAUUCGUUGUUCCAGUUGUUUUCCUGCUAAUCAGAACAAAAAUUUACAGAACAAAGAAAGAAACAAGAAAAACACACCACGGGAUUACAGUGAAUGGGAAAAGUUCGAUGUGGAAAAGGAGUGUUCAAAAAUUGAUGAAAGCUGCGAAGAAAGUAACUCAAAAGCAAGAUUCUUUAGCAGGCCAAGUCCACCUAUAAUCAAAAAGAAAAUAGACACAACUGGCAUGACAAAGAAGGAGAAGAUUUUUAUUGCUACUCGUGAAAAAGAAAAGGGCAAUGAAGCCUUUGCCAGUGGUGAUUAUGUGGAAGCAGUGACAUAUUAUACUCGAAGUAUAUCAGUAAUACCCACUGCAGCUGCAUAUAACAACAAAGCUCAAGCAGAAAUCAAACUUCAGAACUGGGACAGUGCUUUGCAGGAUUGUGAGAAGGUACUAGAUAUGGAACCUGGCAACUUAAAAGCUCUUAUGCGUCGUGCUACUGUACACAGUCAGCUGCAGAAUUACCAGGCAGCUACAGAGGACCUGAACAGAGUAUUAGGUGUUGAACCACAAAAUGCUAUAGCUAAGAAAAAUCUGCUAGAGGUUGAAAAGAAACUGAAAGGUUUAAAGCCUAUAUCUGAGACUCAAGGCAAAGGAAAAAGGAUACUUAUUCAAGACAUAGAGGAUUCAGAAAGUGAUGAAGAAAGAGGUGAAAAUACAGUUGAAUGUGAAAGAAGCAGUGGAAAUAAAAGAAUUGGCGUGCCAGUCGGAGGAGAGGCGGCAGCGGGAGAGGCUGCAAUGGGCAACGCGCUGAGGAAGUUUCAUAGCAAAGGAGGGGGCAGUAAGGCGGAGGACAGGGAGACACAGAAGCAGAAGGAAUCCACUGAGAGCAGAUUAAAAAAAGGCACAUCAGAGAAAAAUACGCAGAGGCAGUUGUCAGACUGUGAAGGUGAAGUUAAUGGCUGUUUACACAGUGAUCAAAAAAGUGAAAGCCCUGAAGCUGAGGAGGUCUCCGGAUCGCUUGAAGCAGGGUCUCCGUCGGCUGGUGGUGGCAAUUCCAUUUCACUUCCUCCUGCUGCAGCAAAACUAAAAAGUGAAGGAAACGAGUUAUUUAAGAGUGGGCAGUUUGGAGAAGCUGUGUUCAAAUACUCGGAAGCAAUUGAGUAUGUCAAUGGUCUAGGAGAACAGAGUCCAGAUGAUUUAAGUAUCUUGUACUCAAACAGAGCAGCAUGUUACCUCAAAGAAGGGAACUGCAGUGACUGCAUUCAGGAUUGUAACAGAGCUCUGGAGCUUCAGCCGUUUUCCCUUAAGCCUCUUCUACGACGAGCAAUGGCAAAUGAGUGUAUGGAGCGAUAUCGACAGGCAUACAUAGAUUAUAAAACAGUCCUACAAAUAGACAGCAGCAUCCAAGCAGCAAAUGAUAGUGCUAAUAGAAUAACGAAGGCAUUAAUAGAUCAGGAUGGUCCCAGUUGGAGGGAGAAACUGCCACCAAUUCCAGUUGUCCCAGUUGCUGCUCAGCUACACAAAUGGGAUGGAGGAAACUUUACUUCAGAAAAUAUGCCAAGAUGUCCUACAGAGAGCGAAAGAGAACGGUUGUCGAUGAAUUGUGAAGAAGCUGAGCAGAAGUUCAAGACUUUAAAAACUGAAGGGAAUGGUUUUGUAAAAGAGGGUAAAUAUGAAGAAGCUGUAAACAAAUACAACGAAUGCAUGAAGUUAAAUACCAAGGAAUGUGCAAUCUACACUAACAGAGCUCUCUGUUACUUGAAACUGUGUAAAUAUGAAGAGGCUAAGCAAGAUUGUGAUUGUGUUCUUCAGAUAGAAGAUUCUAAUAUUAAAGCUUUUUAUAGAAGAGCACUAGCGUACAAAGGAUUACAGAAUUAUCAAGCCAGCAUUGAUGAUUUGAACAGAGUACUUCUAAUAGAUCCAAACGUUCUCGAAGCAAAAAAGGAACUAGAGGAGGUAACCCAGCUGCUUAACGUUGACAGCAGUGCUGCAGCUGGCAGUCAGGAAAAGCAAAGGAGGAAAAUAACCAUACAAGAGGUGACUGGAUCUGAUGAAGAGGAAGAGGGACUGUUUGCUACAUCAGAUGUGACUGAUGGCAUUACUUCUAAAGAAGCAGUUCAGGAGAGUGUGUCACUGAAGACCUCUGAGAAACUGCCUAUUUCUGAACCAACUAAUGCUUAUGACUUCGGUCAGAUUAUAAAUGCAGUGAACAGCAAUAAUGAUAAAGCUGCUUGUGCAGAUCUUUUAACAAUUACUGAUCCCAAAAAAUUGCCAGUGCUGCUAAGUAACAAACUUGAAGGAGAAAUCUUUCUGUUUUUCAUCCAGUCACUGGAAUAUUAUGUAGUUGGAAAAGAUCCUGGUCUUGUAUAUCAGCACCUUUUCUACUUGAGCAAAGCAGAAAGAUUUAAGGUGGUGCUGGCCCUUCUUAGCAAAAAUGAGAAGGAACAGGUUCAACAGCUGUUCAAUUUACUUCCAGAAAACCAGAAUAAUCAGUACUCUUCAGAAGAUCUUGAGAGCCUUAAAAAGGUUUAUGAACUUUAAGAACUUAAAAUGUAUUGGUUGCAUGCAUAUAGUUGAUGUUUAGAAGAUGGAUGUUUGAACUCUGAAGACUUGCAUGGGUUGCAGUGGGUCUUUACCCAGGCUGUUUGAAAUCUGUUUCGUUUUGACAGCAUAUGCACAUUUAAAAUUCGCUGGUCUUUUUUUUUUUCUUGUAGUUGUAUACAUUUUUAAUCUCCAGAAUUUAAUACGUAUCGUUGUGUUCAGUAGCAGAGUUCAUGUAGUUUAGCAUACUGAUUUUAUUUAGACUGGUUUAAUUAUAU